CUUGUACAUACUCCUCCAAUCCUCAGCAGCCUAACGGAGAUACACUCGACCACGCACAUCUGUGAUUCCGGGGACCGCAGCAGCAGACGACACCACAGGUGAUGGCAGGGAUGAAAGAGCAGCAGUUCCCAGAGGAAAAGCCUUUACUCCCUGAGCAGAGAGGAAUCCAUUCAGACAUGGAGAAAGGAGAAGCAGGGGAGCGGUCCAGCCCUGCGAGCCCCAAGGCCUUUAACAACACUCUGCCCCACCGCCGUCCCACUCACCGCUGGCACGUCAUUGCACGGCACUGGCUCCGCAAGACCCGCUGUCGGACCAACGAGGUCCUUCCGGACAACGAUGAACAGCUGAUGCCCGCGGGCGACUGGAAGGAACAUGACGUUGAGACUCCUUUUGGGAUGCUGCAUGUUGUGAUCCGUGGAGCGCCCAAAGGAAACAAGCCUGCUAUCCUCACCUACCACGAUGUGGGACUGAACCACAAGCUGUGCUUCAACACUUUCUUCAGUAAUGAGGACAUGCAGGAGAUCACCAAGCACUUUGUGGUUUGCCACGUUGACGCCCCGGGACAGCAGAUUGGAGCAUCGCAGUUCCCGCAAGGGCACCAGUAUCAAACUAUGGACCAGUUGGCUGCCAUGUUACCUACUGUGGUGCAGCACUUUGGAUUCAAGAGUAUCGUUGGGAUUGGAGUUGGAGCUGGAUCAUACAUCCUGGCCAAAUUUGCGCUGAUGUUCCCUGACCUGGUGGAGGGUUUGGUUCUGCUCAACAUCGAUCCCAAUGGUAAAGGCUGGAUUGACUGGGCAGCAUCCAAGCUUUCAGGACUGACGAGCACCCUGCCAGAUACAGUAUUGCCACAUCUUUUCAGUCAGGAGGAACUGAUGAACAACACAGAGCUGGUGCAGAGCUAUCGGCAACAGAUCAACAACAGCCUCAACCAGUUCAACCUGCAGCUGUUCUGGAGCAUGUAUAACAGCCGUAGGGACUUGGAGAUGAACCGCAGUGGGACUGUACUUAAUGCCAAAACCCUGAAGUGUCCAGUUAUGUUGGUUGUGGGAGACAACGCACCAGCAGAGGAGGGCGUGGUGGAGUGUAACUCCAAACUUGACCCAACCAACACCACUUUCCUCAAGAUGGCUGACUCUGGUGGACUCCCCCAGCUGACACAGCCUGGGAAGCUCACUGAGGCGUUUAAGUACUUCCUACAAGGAAUGGGCUACAUCGCUUCAGUGAAGGAUCGGAGGUUGAGUGGAGGGCCAGUGCCCUCCGUCAGUAUGACCCGCCUGGCUCGCUCCCGGACCGCCUCCCUGACCAGCGCCAGCUCCUUGGAAGGGUCGCGCUCUCGGGCCUGCGUCCACUCUGACAGCACGGAGGGUGUCGGCUCCGUUGCCCAUACCAUGGAGGUGUCCUGCUGAAGUGUCAGAAAAGGAAAGGUGGUGAAAAGGGUAUUGACGACGUGAUGAUGGUGGCAAAGACAGGCCUCGCUGUUUUUGUGUACAGUAUGUCCUUCAGAUGCUUUGCUACGGUGUCACAUAGCAUAUGAUGUACUUGCUAAUACCCACCUGAAACUCAACCCUGUUGGCCAGCACUUACACUUUUACUUUGACUAUCUGGUGUUUGUGUUGGUAACUGUCUACUCAUUGUACCCCCUCCUCAAACCCCUCAAUCACAACCAGCAAUAUUCCAUAUUGACCUGCUGAUGAGCAAAUGUGAUGAAUGCAGGGUGUUGCAUGUAACGAAGCCCACAUGCAGACACAAAAAGGGCUUUUGUUUAAGACUCCGCCGAUAGCUCCUUGAGCAAGUGGAGCUUUAUUAGCAAGCAUGCAACAGAAUCAAAUUUUAGCCAUUUUUCUCCCAUGUGCCAGUCAGUUUUAAAGUCCUUGAUCCAAAGUUUGGCUCCUUCGCACACAUGUAUCGUAUAGAUUGGGCUACUAGUGACUACGGCCAUAGCUAACAUUUGGUUAACCCUGACAUUGGAAGAGACUAACAUUUUUCGACAGAUUCCUAAAAACAAUAGAGUGCUGCUAUAUAGCGGGUCUUUGAUUAGCUUUUUGUCGUAAGUCCUUGAAAACAGCAGCUUUUGGGUGCACUUCAGAUCUCUUGGACAACCCCAUUUGUCAUUGGGACCACUUGGGUUCUUUAGGGACCUUCCCCAAACCCUUCCUGAGCCAGAAUGGGUUUCAUUCGAAAAUUGUAGAUACGAAGUAAAAACGAACUAGUUUUAGGGUUGGAAAAAAAGUACCUUUUACCUGUGAGAUAGGACGGAUCUAGUCUGAGCGCUUAGUACCGGAUCAAAAGUAUGUAUCCUCUACAGACAAGAUUGGUUUCACUCUCCAGUUGAAGCCUGGUUUAUACUCCUACAUCACGUAGCGGGCGCCAGCGUACCCUCCCGCAAACCCGCAGAGCUGUGAUUGGUCAGCUUUUGCCGAGGAGGGAACCUAUUCACAGGAGAGCAGACAUUGUGCUACAAACACAAAUUACUCUCGAAAAUAAAGCAACAGUGAUUGAACAUUUGCAUGCAAACUGAUAUUGUGUAGUUAAUAUCUCGAUGUGCUGUAAAAAUAAUUACAGAAUGUGUAGUUUUUCAGCAUGUUAUGUUGUAGCGCCCAGAACAGGUCACACAAAGUACGAUGUUUUUUUUAACUUUUAUUGUCAAUCUUGUGCUAACAGCAGGUUCAAUUGCAACAUAUAUUAUUUCUCGUGCACACACGUCUUUUAUUUUCAGACACAAAAUUUUGUUUUCGUCAAUCAUCUUUCAGGCAUGGUACAUUCACAAACAUGAGCUCUAAACAUCGAUAACACAUGCACAUAAACAUUAACAUCAGUUAGUUAUUGCAAUCGUUGUUUAACAUUUUUGUUUAUUGUAAAUUACAUAGCUCUCUCUCCAAUGUCACGAACGGCCGAAUAGCGAUGCAAAUUUGCCCGUUCUCUGCCUGUCCACCUUCGGGAACAUCUUCUCUUCAAGUUCCGAAGCAUUGUGAACAUUAAAAGUGACCGUUGUUUCAAAAUAAUUAGUUCCAGCUCCAACGUUAAAGUGGAUGUCACUUCAGACGCCAUUAUUUACAAGUUCCAAACCACUACUACGCGCACUCUCUUUCUCAUCUUUCUUUCUCAUGAAGAUAGUCAACAAGAAUGGCAGUUGCUCACACAGAAAACACUGCUCCCUAGGGUUUUGGAAGAGAAUUGCCAGUUACACGCCAGCCUCCAUGGAUGAGCUGUAAACAAAGUACAGGGGAACGCAAGCUACGUGACACGAUAAUAUAUAUCAGCUUUAAGCCAGAGAGCAUGAACUAAUGAAGCCUCUCUUUUAAGAUAAACUAAGCAGUCCAGUUGAGAUUCAUUCUCGGAAAGUUUGGUCACGCACCAUCAUAAUUUCAGCUGUGAUUAAACUUGUCAUUUUUGGUCCUGUUAAAACGCACCAGGUUAAAAUUUGGUCAAGCGUGACUGCAAUCUACGGUAAUUUAGAAUUGUACCAAACAAGCGGAUCAAGACCGGGUCUUGGUUUGCUUGUGCUGCAGUGUCAACGCCAAUUAUACCAGUUGCACCAAAAAGCUGGUCUCACCAGGUGAGACCAGGCUGUGGUUAGUAAAACCCAACUGAACGCUGAGGUUACAUCGAAAUGACACCAUAGAAGCAAUAGUCCUGCAAUCGUUGUUUUGGAUGAGAAGCGUCAAACAAUGUUCACUUCACAUACGUCAUCCAAUCAAGGCACAGCUUUUUGCAAAUGCUAUAAUCCGCAUUAUUUAGUCCAGACAAAAACACAUGCGUCAACGCAAACGCUAAAGUUUGGUCAGAUUACCAAACUACAAGUCUGAAUGCACCCUAAGAGUGUGAUGGCAAGAGGCGGUCAACAAAGUAUGGUAAGAAAACACUGUCAGGUGGAAGAUAAAAGGGGGGUAAUAGUAAAAGGAAGAAAACUUUGACACAGGGCGCAGAAAGUGGAGGUCGAUAAAGACCGGCAAUUGUUUUGAAGAACCCUAAAUGUACGAUCCGGCGUCUUCCUGCUGCAGCCGCUGCUAAAGAGAGGCACUACUUGCCUAGUGCCCGUGGGUGUGCCUCGUUGUCUGGUCUAAUGGGGUAAUAAGUCAGGGCAUCUGGAGUGGAAACGAAAACAGUACUUGGCACAUUUGAGUGUCUGUCUUUGCUCGUCACUAUUUUCGCCCAGAAUUUGACACGAGAGCAGAACACAGCCAAGUGUAUGAAUACUGCUUAGUAUUCUGUUCUGUGUACUAACACAUACCCAGAACCGCUUUAAGCUCCACUUGGUAAAGCUAACAGUAUUUAUUGAGUCAUAUUCUUUUUUCUUUCCUAACAGCUUAGGCCAAAUAUUUAUUUCAACUUGAUAUAAAUAAAUACAAGUUUCCUUAUUUUACCACUAUCUCAUCCCUUUCAAGCCUGUGCCAUUCUGCUAGAAAAAGACCCUGAAAACAAUAACCAUUGAGUGUGCAUGUACAAGAUAUACUUGGAUGAAGUUGGGCUGUGAAAGAAAAUACUUUGAAGGUUAGUGUAGAUUUAAAAAUGUACAUAUAUUUACUUUAAAAGUUGUAGUUAUAGAGCAAUGACACCUGUAGUGUUGGAAGGGCUUAGUGUUAGCUUUCAAAUGCUGCUAAGUUUCUUACAUUAUUGUUUUGUUUAAUGAAAUGAUUAAUGUCAUACUGUAUGCUUCUCUCUGACGGCUUGCUUGUUUUGAAGUGCAUGUGCUUGGAAUUGUCUUCUGUUUUCAUGAAAUUAGUGCAGGUGAGCUUUUAGCGGACAUUCUCCCGGUUAUGUGGAUGUUUUGCAUGUGUGUAUUCAUACAAGUGUUGUACUGGGGACCGAAGUGUUGAACAGCUUAAAUACACAUAAUGGGCCUGAUCUACUAAGAUCCAAAUACCAUGAGCUAAACAGCAUGAGCAAACUAUAAAAUUGCGUGUACCAUUCGUGGGCAUGUUGCGUGUGAUCUAGUAAGACUGCAUGUAGAAUAGAAAAGUGGUGCAGACCGUCUUAUUUAAAUUAGGUUUUUGCGUGUACUAUGUGGCUUUCACCACAGAGACACUCGAUCAUUUACUGCAGUCAUGCAGUGCAUCUACAAUGGAAACCAUUUUUUCCCCUUGUUUUUACCACGCUGAAGUUGCGCUUGAGGGAGAGUCUGGCACUAACGGCGAGUGUGCGCUCCAGAAUCCAGAUGCAAGAAAAUGUAUAUUGCAAGAAUGUUUUUUUCACAUAGAAGAUAUGUCAAUAAUAUAUCUGCCAGCAGACACCAAAAUGCAUCAAUUGAAUUUGUUAGUGAUAUUAGUGAAUAUUAGUGAUUAAACAAUAUGUCUAAUAUAUACUGUAUUUUUUUGACAGUCUGUUAACAAGUAUAUGAAGGACAGAGCUGCUGCGCAUUUGCCUCGGUUCUCAUAGCCGUCAGCAUGUGCAAACUGAGAAAGUUUGCACAUACUUUUUUCAGAUGUGCUAAAUAAAGACGCGAAAUAGAACCCACCGUUGAGUUUUAGUCUUGAUAAAUCACACUGUAUGUGCUGAAUAUUUAUAUUUGCAUUUUCUCCUCCCAGUAUUGUGGGAGUUCUGAUUAUCAACAUAUAUUCUGCAUAUUCAUAAAGACAGAAUAAAUAGAUUGCAAUCCUUAUUUUGCUCACAUAAGAGAGACACACUCAUCUGUACACAGGUUUAGUAGAUCAGCUUUGCGUGUGCUAUCAAGUUUGCACAUGUUUUAAUGCACCCAAACCAUUAGUAGAUCAGGCUCUUUCUUUUCUUCUUCUUCAGACAGGACAGGAAAUAGUUCAUGAGAAUAAUCCUAUUCACAUGAUGCAGAGGAACAAGUUUAAGUGGACUUAGGCAAACAAACUCAUCAAGUCCUGUUCCACCUGUAACCAGUGCCUGCUUAGGUCCACAUUGAUAUACAUUGCCAACAUAAAAUGUCGGAGCUAAAUUAGUGAAUUCUAUGGCAAAUUGUCGGUUAAUGUUGACGUGUGUUGUAGUAUUGUUAACAUUGUUGUCUUUAUUUCUUGUGCAUUUUUGCAAAGCAGAUAGGCGGUUAUUACUUUCGAAGUUUUUUCACAGCAAAUGUGCAAGCUCGUACUCAUGUUGACCUAACUAGGCCACGUUGUACAAUCUGUGCAUGUUUUAUUUGUAUUUCCCAGCAUGGAGACGCUAUUGAAGACAAUUGUCAUGGUCUCAUUUAAGCGUCUCUGAAAAGGUUAGUUUAAAGUGUGUGAUGUUACUGAGAGCACAGUGUGUGCGUGUGUUAGUGUCAGUCUCAUAGUAACUUAGUCUAGAGUCGUACUUAGCGAGGUGUAAAUGCAUGUGCAUGCAAUCUUAGGGAUGGUAGCUUGUGGCUAGUGUAGCGUUACGGUGUUACUAGUUAUAUAGAGCCAUGAAUGCAUGGAUACCAUCAAGAACUUCAGUGCAUGCUAGAAAAUCUGUUUUGGUCUCUAACAUGACAAUCACAUUCUGAUCCAAACCAAACAAGACCAACAGGACUGGAGUCGGACUAGGUCACUCCAACUCCUGCUCUCUUUGCUCUGUGGCCACCAAAGAAAUAUACACUAACCUGUCUUAGCUGUACACAAGCUAAACAUAAACUCAAAAUGCUGUUGUACCUCUGACUUACAGGUUGUUUUUUUUGGAUAUGAACUGUCUCUCAGCUAAUUACACUUUGGGUUACAAGCGUACCUCUCACUAGUUUACGUAGCGAAUGCCACAGUGAACCCUGUAAUAUCCAAUUAAACUUGUAUCCCAAGGUACCACUGUAUUGCAGUAUCAUAGAAUAAUAAUAUUAAAAAUGAUAAAUAAUAAGCUAAUUUGUAACCAACAACAGCAACACAAAGCUGAGAUGCAGGCUGUUUUACAAAUCAUUUAAUACCUAAGUGUCAAAGUCAAGGCCCCUAGGCUUUGAAUUAUCUAUGACCCCCGGGAUGAUAUUUGAUUAGUAUUAGAACCGGCUCGCAGGCCACAGCCGCCUGCUGCUGUUUUGCACGCACCAAUACUACACCAGUGUUAGCGCUAGGAAUUUUCAAAAUGGGGUCUCAGGGACCCUAUCAAGUCAUAAAAAUGGGGUCCCACAGUAAAUUUUUGGGGUCAAACUUUUUUGUAACUGUUUUGAAAACAAAUGAUAUAUGUAUGCAUUAUCUUGUUAUAUCUCACAUUCUAUAUUGUGUUUUGGAAAAAGGUUGUCAUAAACGUUAAUUCAUAAAAAUUAAAAAAAACAAUACAAAAGAAAACAAAUGUAUUCAGUUAUAAAUAUUCAUUCACUUUCUUCUUUUCUUCAUGGAUCUAAACUUUUUUUUUCCUAGAUUUUUAUUGUAAUGUUUUCAGAAUGUGUAUGUUCUAUUUUUGGCCAAAGUAAGACAAAGAAAACAAUCUGAAGUUGUCCUUAUUUCUUAGUUUUAAUGCCAUGAUUUUAAUAGUCCGGCCGUAAUGUGCACAGAUUUUCCCCCAUGCGGCCCCUGAGCUAAGAUGAGUCUGACACCAAUGACUUAAUACUAUAUCUCUAUUGAUUAGCCUUUUUAUAAAAUGGAAACAAGUUGUAAUAGCCUUUGAUUGUUGGACACCCCACUAUACAUAGUCAUACUCAUUAGUCAAUAGAAUAGUGUUUGUUUGGAUGUUUGAAGUGUUAGCUGUGUGCUGUUGCCUGCUCUCAUACUGUACGACAAUGUUAAUAUAUUUCCGGGUGAAGAAUGUUAAUUACCAUAGUAACUGUCACCUGGAACAAAACCCUGAGCUUUCAUGCCAGCAGGGGACAUAGCAUUCACUUGCUGAGGUGUGCACAUCCUUGAGGUGGCCUGGGAGAGGCGGGGCUGUUUUGGAGCCAUUUAGGCACCAAGCUCAGAAUGUAGGCCAAACCCCAGCCAUCUUGAAAAAAAAUAAAAAGAUUUCCCUAAAUAAAAAAAGGUGCCCCGACUCUCACAGGCGAACCCGGUUGCAUCCUAAAGGGCUAUCAACUGAAGUCACUAUUAUACAAAUGUUUGUGGUCCUGGCCGGACAGGACCGAGAAACAGAAUGUGGUUUUGUGAGGGGCAGGUGGCUCAGGUUGUACGGUGGUCUUCUCCCAACCUGUGGUUGUAGUUUCUUGUAGUCUUGUCUUUUAACCGUUUACGUAUUUCACCGGUUAGGCCAAGUGUUCCCAAACAAGGUUCUAACUUGCACUAUUGGCUGCACUGUAUUUGUUUAGCUUGUAGACGUUUGACGUCUUUGAAUGUGUACAUUGUGGAAUAUCAGUAAGAUUUUGUACCAAAAAAUGAAUACAUGUACGUUUACCAUUUAAUGCUGAAGCUGUGACAUUGUCACAGUUUUUUUUUUUUUUU